AUGUCCCUGAGUUAUGGCCUAGCCCUGAUCCCCCAGCUCUGGGCCACCUGCACCAUGGCCACCCUGAAUCAGAUGUACCUACUAGGGCCUCCAAAGCAGCUGCCUCCAAAACUGGCCCCCACAGAAGCCCAGGUGCAGCUAAAGGGUGUGGUUUUGCACACAUUCAUUUGUAAACCCAAGAAGCGGUACUCAGCCAACUGCAAGUGCUGCUAUAUGCAACUCAGCACAGGCCAAGAGGCCAUCUGCUUUACCUCAGGGGUGGGCCACAACCAGCAGGAGCACCCUGUGCUUGUGCUAGGUGGACACAAUCAGGAAUUGCCUGGUGUCAAGCUCAAGGUUAUGAAUGCAAGUAUGACUAUGCUAUGUGCAGAAGUUUCUGCCAGGGGCAUACUGGGCUGUGGUUUGUGUAAAAUAAGAACCUUUGUCACUGGGUUCCUGCAGUAUUCUUGGAAAGUAGGCUAG